AACAAAAUUCACUGUAGUGGAAAAGAAGAAAAAUUUGCUCGCAAUUCCAUCUGCAUUGUUGUGAGCUGUGGCAAUUUUUAUUGCUGCAAAAUGUCGAAGUUACCGCAAUAUCUUGGUUUGGAUAAACUCGCCAAAGCCUGGGAGAUUAUUAGUUUCAAUGGUGGUCUUCGAAAUAGUUUUUUCAAGUUGUAUAGGUUUGACGACUUGAAAAUUGGUAAACUUGUCGGCACCGAUAAAUACGGUAAUAAAUACUAUGAAAACAAUUACUAUUUCUAUGGUCGCAAUCGUUGGGUGGAAUAUGCACCACACAUCCAUAUGAACUACGAUGGUUCCCAAAUUCCAGCUGAAUGGUUCGGUUGGAUGCACUACAAAACUGACCGAAUUCCAACUGAAGACCCACAUCGGCCACAGUACAAAUGGAUGUCGGAUCACUCUGAAAAUCUAUCUGGCACACCAGACCAAUAUGCGGCAUACUCAACGGUCAAACCGAAAAUCGAAGCAUGGCAACCACCAAAAAAAUGAAUUUCAAAAAAUGAAGCCAACUGUAGUUUUUUUCUGUCAAAAGCUAUUAUGUAUUUAAAUUUAAUAACAAUAAAUGAGGCGUAAAUGA